AUGGGACCUGCUUUUGUGACCUACAGCUUGCUUGGGAUGUAUCCAGUCGUUUGUGACGUCCUGGACUCUGAUUUUACGCUGCUUGAAAGAGCGGGUUCCAAGAUUCGCUUUGCAUCUCAUCGCUUUCCGACAGAUCUCCUCAAAGAACCCCACCAGAUGCCAAACGCCACGACAGAAGCAGCAGAAGCACAGCUUGUCAACGUAGUAGUUGCUUUAGAUGUCAACCCAAACACUGCAAAUCCUAGCAUUAGCGAUGUUCGGCUUGCUAUCGAGAACCGGUUUGGAUCCGAUGCCUUGCCUGUUGCCAUAACACGCUUCCGCUCCGAUUUUGUGAUUCGGUUUGCCUCCAGCCAUGAGAGAGACCUUGUUGUAUCGUCCGAAGUCCUCUAUGGCAAGGAUUUCGACACGCUGCUUGUCAGAUGGUCAAACCGAUAUGGCGUCAGGACUGUCGACUGGCAGACCGAGGCCCGCACGGGCAACAUGGUGUUUCCUGUCAUGAUGGUAACCUACAACUAUUCUGAGGCACCAGCGUUUGUAGAGAACGAGGUCCAUGCCAAUCCAGCUAACUUUGGCUCAGCUGGUUCUGUUGCAUCCUUUGACACAGCCAAUAGAAGGCUUGAACGUGCAGGAUACCACAGAUAUGCAUCGGACAGCAGCUCUUCCUCAUAUAGCGUUUUCUCUAACGAGCCUUUCUACCUGCCCCGAGGUUCAGAGCGGCGGACCCGAGGCCAGACACCUCUGCCAGAGCAGCAAAUGCAUCACGACCACGGCCUCCACCUGUUCCCACCUGAUUUGACACAACAGAGCAGCCGUGCCGACUGCCGCACCUUGCCGCGGUGCUACCGAUCGAGCAGCCGAGCCAAGCCUAGCGUUUAG